AUGCCCAACCUCGACGCCCUCCCAGAGUCCUUCGCGCGGCUGCUUAAGGGAAGUUCCCGUCCCAAUAUUUCUCCUAGCGACGUCGAGCUCCUCAACGACCGGUUGACCACAAAAGAUGGGGCUAGUAAAGAUCGACUGAGGGCAAGGACAACCGUUGCGGCGGAUUCAGCUUCACCACAGAAACCCAAAUUCGACCUCCAAGCUUUGAACGAAUCGAUUUGA